AUUAUUUCUUUCUCCCCCUCUAUCUCAUUUCCCUCAAGGAUGAGUUCAAUAACAGCAGAACAAGAAGAGGUAGAAGAAAUAGCCAACCGAUGUGCACAAUGUCAAAGGAAUGCAACCUUCAUGUGCUCAUCAUGUGGCCACUUGGGACCAAAGUAUUGUUCUGUUGAAUGUCAAAAGACUCAUUGGCAGCAGGGCCACUACACAGUGUGUAAAGCAGCUAUAAGGAAUAGACAAAGAAUUCUGCAGGAACAGGCAUCAAGUAUAUACCCAUUGUAUGAAGAAAAAGGAAUGAUUGACCCUUUAUUAAAUGUAUAGAUGAUAUACCCAUGAAUGAUCUUAAUAAUAAUAACAACAACAAUAAUAAUAAUAACCAAGAAGAAAAGCGAGAUUCUGAAGAGAUAGCAGAAGAAUUACGGUUCUACACGAAUCAGAUAUAUAGAAUCAUUAAGCCUGUUGUAGCGUGUAUCAUAUUAAGUAUAUUUUGGGUAAAAGUAUCGUUUAACAAACAAAGUGACUACAGUCCAUCAAGAACCACUUAUGUAAA